AUGUAUGGUAUCCGAGUAUGCAAUGAUCUUCUCUUUCUAAUAAUGAUAUUAAAUAUUUAUACGAUACAAUCUUCAAAUAUUCCAUAUGAUACAAUUGUAAGUUUUGGAGAUUCAAAUUGUGAUACGGGUAAUGUUUAUAAUUUAACAAAUUUUAAAUGGCCUCCUGUUCCACCAUACUAUCAAGGACGAUUUUCUAAUGGACCUCUUUGGAUAGAAAAAUUAGGCAUAUCUAAAUUAAUCAAUUAUGCAUAUGGUAGUGCAACUACUGAUAAUACUCUAGUAACAGGUGUUACAGCAUUCAAUGUAAUUGUACCAGGUGUUCGUCAACAAAUAGAGAUGUAUAAAAAUGCUACUAAUAUAAGUAUGAUAGAUUUUGAUCGAACUAUCUAUAUAAUUUGGGUUGGUGGAAAUGAUUACUUUUUCAAUAUAUAUUUACGUCCAUCUGCAGUUGUUAAUAGUUUAAUGAAUGGAAUUCAUGAUUUAAGUCAAAUAGGUGCGAAACACUUUCUUAUUGUUAAUCAAUCACCAAUACAAGCAUAUCCAUCUGCUAUUAGUUUCAAUAUGAAUAGUUAUAUGAAUGCACUUACACUUGCACAUAAUCAUAAUCUAUCGAAUUCAAUUGAAUCAUUUCAAAUGAAAUAUUUACGUAUUUCAAUGUAUUUAUUUGAUGUCUAUUCUCUGAUUGUAAAUAUUCUUAAUAAUACUUCAGCAUAUGGAAUUACUAAUACGAGAAAUUGUUGGAAUACUUUAAGUAAUAUAAAUAUAACAUUAUGUACAAAUCCUGAAAAUUAUAUUUUUAUUGAUGAAUAUCAUUUUACUACGCGUAUACAUCAAUUAAUUGCUGAUAAUGUACGUCAAUUAUUUUUUACUUCAAAAGGAUCUAUUAAAUCUUUUCAUUCGAUUUUUUUUAUUUUAUUGUUUUUAAUAUCAGUAUUAUAUACUUCUUAA